CAGAGCCCAGAGACCAGAGACCAGAGCCCAGAGACCAGAGACCAGAGCCCAGAGACCAGAGACCAGAGCCCAGAGUACAACACAACACAGAGUCAGAGUCAGAGAGACGAUCAGCUCCACCACAGGAGGAAACAACACUGAGCUGCUGAGCUGUAUGGAGAGACUGAGAGACUGAGAGACUGAGAGACUGAGAGACUGGAGGGGACACCGACCCGCCGGAUGCUUUACGGAUAAACACCUUCCUCCUCCUGCAGCGGGAUUACCUGAUUACCUGAUUACCUGAUUACCUGAUUCAUCAUGAUUCCAUGAUGAUUCCAUGAUGAUUCCAGUAGCUGGUUGAUGAAGACAUGGUGGCUGGAGACCUUGGAUUGUAAGAGUUUGUCGACCCGAGAGACAGCAGGUGUUUCGUUCUCUCGGCCGAGAGGAGAGCGUGGCCUCGGUUAUCAAACCAUCCUAAACACCGACUCCGAGUCCAACCAGAGACGUCCGUCUGGCCCGCUCCAGGCAGGCAUGGUGGAUAAGUCGCCGGUUAGCGAGGGGACUUUUCCUCCGUACUGUGGCUCCCCGCCGGCCUACCGGCUGUCCGACAUGGUGACGGACCUGAGCUCCUACCAGGUGAUGCCGUCGCCGUUCUCGGAGGACGACCUCAGCGAGUCGUCGAGCCCUCGCUCCUGUUCCAGCCCGGACUCCCAGGUGCUCAGCUCCAGCUACGGCAGCAACUCCAGCGCCGAGAGCCAGGACAGCAUCCUGGACCACCUGCUGUCCCAGGCCUCUUUAGGGGGGGUCUCUUCAGGGUCUGAGGCGCCGACACCCUUAUCCACCUUCUUCUGGGACUCACGGAGAGAUGAGCCCUCCAAACGCCAGCCCGUGAAGGAGGAGAACUUUGACUUCCUCGCCUGGUCCAACGUGGAGACGGAGGAACAACUGGGAGGGUGCUUCCAGCCCACGCUGGAGGAGAUCGAGGAGUUCCUGGAGGAGAACAUGGAGGUGGUAACGAUGAAGCAGGAGAUCCGAGAGGGCUGUCUGGGGUUGGGACUGGGUCUGGAGGAGGCUCUCGAUCUAGAGGUCGGCUUGGAGUGGUGCAGGGAGGCCUCUCCUGAGCCCAAGCCGGAGCCAGACGCCAAGUAUUCAGACCAAACUGUCCCCACCGCCAGCGCCGCCGGCCCGGCCACCGCCGCCUCCAGUGAGACCAAAACUACAUCAGUUAACCCUUCGCGUGAAUCCAGUUCAGGGGCCAAGAAGGCAUCAGCCAACAGACCUUCAUCAGCAGACAGUGGCUCCAAUAGUAGCGGGACGCCAGUCAUCCUCCAGAUUCAGCCCGUUCAGAUCAAGCAGGAGCCCACCGUAGCGCCGCUCACCCCAGUAGCCCAGCCCCCCCCGCCCCGCCCGCCACCGCCACCGCCACCGCCACCGCCACCGCCACCGCCACCGCCCACCCCGGCCUCAGACAUCAAGAUUGCGCAGCUGCUGGUCAACAUCCAGGGUCAGACCUUUGCCCUGGUGCCCCACAUCCUGCCAUCCAGCAGCCUUAACGUCUCCUCCAAGUUCGUACGCAUCGCUCCCGUCCCCAUCGCCGCCAAGCCUCUCGGGCUCGGGGACGGCUCGGCCGGCGGCGGCUCGGGGAUUCUGGUCGGAGGUCAGAAGUUCCAGAAGAGCCCCGUGGCGGAUCUUAUCAAAAUGCACAAAUGCACUUUUCCCGGCUGCACCAAGAUGUACACCAAGAGCAGCCACCUGAAGGCCCACCUGAGGAGGCACACGGGGGAGAAGCCGUUCGCCUGCAACUGGCCGGGCUGCGGAUGGAGGUUUUCCCGGUCGGACGAGCUGUCUCGACACCGGCGUUCCCACUCAGGAGUGAAGCCCUACCAGUGUCCCGUCUGUGAGAAGAGGUUCGCCCGCAGCGACCACCUGUCGAAACACAUCAAAGUCCACCGCUUUCCACGAAACAGCCGGACAGUUCGCUCAGCAAACUGACGGAUCGCUGGGAACGCCGAGAUCACUCUCACACAGACAGAGGCCACGGGAGCACGGUGCAAGUGGGAACGUACGUGUGCGAGUGGAAACGUACGUGUGCGUGCGUGCGUGGGCAAAUGUUUGCGCCAUCGUCAAGUCAGUCUGAAUAUAUGCGUGGAAGCAUGCGUGGCUUUCUGUGUCAGCAGUCUGUGAUUCUUCUAAUUUAUUGUACACAGUUACCGCCCCGUCUGUAAUCAGCUGAAGGUUGUUGUUGCUGUUGGUGCUUUGGUAUGUUGUACUCCUUCUGUUUGUUCUGUCCUUAUCGCCUGCCUCCGCACAAGAUAAGAUAAGCUUCUUCUCAUUCAGUCUGGAUUAGGUGAUAGCUUUGGUACCUAGAUCAAAUCAACUGCCUUUUAUCUUCCUGAAAGCUGCCAAUGUCUCGGACAUUCCUCAUCUUAUCCAACGUUUAGGAUGUCCGAGGAAGUUCAUCCGGAUCCUCGUUAGCUACUCGUAGUACUAGUUCCUCUUCCUGUGGAGCUUUUUCCUGAUAGCUUUGUUUGUCAUUGACAGUACGGUUGAAGGAUACCGUUGGAGACAGAAUUACGACAAACUACCUGGGUUCCUCUCGUAUGUCGUUGCUGUCGGGCACAAACCUUCUUAUCCCCAUAUUUCGAUUUUUUUGUCAUAAAUCAAUGCUACUAGUCACCCUUUCUGUGGGUUUUACAAAUAUUUAACCAAUGUAAAGUUUUAAAAAGAGCUUGUGACUUAAUCUCGUAACACCAUCGGAUCCUCAAACUGUCGGCAAAACCUCGUAGACUAUAAAAUGUCACCCAGAGGGUUCUGAAGAGCCGUUAUGAAGCUCGAAGUGGGGGUAGUGUCGAGAAGGGAACCAGCAAACUGGGGAAACUCUUGUGAGGUUGUUAAGGUUAGGCACUGACCUUGAAUAGUUAGGGUUAGGAGAGGUCGUUGGGCGGUGAGUCUCGCGAGAGUUUUUGCAAGUUUUUG